AUGACGCAGGGUCCGGGCGGGCGCGCGGCCCCCGCGCCCCCCGCACCCCCGGAGCCUGAGGCGCCCACCACCUUCUGCGCGCUGCUGCCGCGCAUGCCGCAGUGGAAGUUCGCGGCCCCAGCCGGCUUCCUGGGCCGCGGCCCGGCGGCGGCGCGGGCGGCGGGGGGCGCGGGGGCGGCGGGGGGCGUCGAGCCCGAGCCCGAGCCCGAGCCCGAGCCGGCCGGCUCGGCCGGCGUCCCGGCGCUGGCGGCGGCCGUCCUGGGCGCCUGCGAGCCGCGCUGCACCGCGCCCUGCCCCCUGCCUGCGCUCAGCCGCUGCCGGGCCGCCGGGGCGCGGGGGUCGCGGGGCGCGCGGGGGGCGGCCGGGCCCCCGGACUCCGCCGCCGACGAGUGGAUCCGCAAAGGCAGCUUCAUCCACAAGCCGGCGCACGGCUGGCUACACCCGGACGCCAGGGUCCUGGGGCCCGGGGUCUCCUACAUCGUUCGGUACAUGGGCUGCAUCGAAGUCCUCCGCUCUAUGCGCUCCCUGGACUUCAGCACUCGCACCCAGGUCACCAGGGAAGCCAUCAACCGGCUCCAUGAGGCCGUGCCUGGCAUCCGGGGCUCCUGGAAGAAGAAGGCCCCCAACAAGGCACUGGCCUCCAUCCUGGGCAAGAGCAACCUGCGCUUCGCAGGCAUGAGCAUUGCUGUCAGCAUCUCCAUCGACGGCCUCAACCUCUCCGUUCCCGCCACGCGCCAGAUCAUCGCCAACCACCACAUGCAGUCCAUCUCCUUUGCGUCGGGCGGUGACACGGACAUGGCGGAUUAUGUGGCGUACGUGGCCAAGGACCCCAUCAACCAGAGAGCCUGCCACAUCCUGGAGUGCUGCGAGGGCCUCGCCCAGAGCGUCAUCAGCACCGUGGGCCAAGCCUUCGAGCUGCGCUUCAAACAGUACCUGCACAGCCCCCCCAGGGUCGCCGUCCCCCCGGGAAGGCUGACCGGGCCGGAGGAUUCAGCCUGGGGAGACGAGGACGAGGCCGUACACAGCUACUACAACCGCACUCCCGGGAAGGAGCCGCCCCCGGGCGGGCUGGUGGACUCCAGGCUCACCCCUGCGCAGCAGCCCUGUGCCCUCGGGGGCCUCGGCCAGGGAGCGUCUCCUGCUCGAAGAGAGGCCCAAGGCCCGCAGUGGGACGCGGGCCCCUCAGCCCCGCCCGGGGAUGGCUACGUGCAGGCAGACGCCCGGGGCCCGCGAGACUACGAGGACCACCUGUACGUCAACACGCAGGGUCUGGACGGCCCGGAGCCCCUGCAGCCUGAGGACAGCCCCAAGAAGGACCUGUUCGACAUGAGACCCUUCGAGGACGCCCUGAGGCUGCACGAGUGCUCCGCGGCCGCGGGUCCGGAGGCAGCCCCCCUUCCCGUGGAGGACCAGUGGCCCAGCCCGCCGACCCGCCGGGCCCCCAUCGCCCCCACGGAAGAGCAGCUGCGGCAGGAGCCCUGGUACCACGGCCAGAUGAGCCGUCGGGCGGCGGAGAAACUGCUUCGAGUGGACGGGGACUUCCUUGUGCGGGACAGCGUCACCAACCCGGGGCAGUAUGUCCUCACCGGCAUGCAUGCAGGGCAGCCCAAGCACCUGCUGCUUGUGGACCCCGAAGGCGUGGUGCGGACAAAGGACGUGCUCUUUGAGAGCAUCAGCCACCUGAUCGACCACCACCUGCGGAACGGGCAGCCCAUCGUGGCCGCCGAGAGCGAGCUGCACCUGCGUGGUGUCGUAAAGCGGGAACCCUGAGCCAGGUUGUGGUUCUCAGCCUGUGGCUCCUGUCCCCGCUCCCCCCGGAUGGCCCUGUUGCGGCCUUAGGGGCCCUCAGCCUUUCUC